AUGCCAAAAGCACUGUACCCAGUCAGCUACCCGCCUUCAGCAAGCGUCCGCAGCAGCUCGAGCGAGGCUAAAGCUGGUUCUCCACCGAAGGACAAAGGCACUCCUCCGUCUUCGCGGUCACGACGACUGCGGAGCUCGACGCCUUCCAAGUCGCCGAGACGAAGCUCAACGCAGCCGCGUGCAGAUCCAGACGGAGAGUUCUUCUUCGACCUCCAGCUGGAGAAGAAAGGCGAGCUAGAGGCCGUCCAUGCUUUUGCAAGGUGCUUGACUGGUGUGGAUGAUAUGUCCAAGGAAGUUUUCUAUGACAUUACGCGGACCAGUGGAGGCUUCCAGGCUUCUCUGCGUAUUCCCGCCUGGAGCAGCGAGUCCUACGAGGGAGAGGUGAUGCCGAAUGAGAAGCGGGCAAAGAAGUCUGCAGCCUAUAACUUCAAGACAGAUCCAACAGUGCUGGAGCGGUCGCGCAGAUUCCCCAAAGGGGUGAAGCGGUUGACAAAUUUGGCAACUGUUGACGGAUUUAGACAGAAGCGCCGUCUUGCCCAAGAAACGCGUAAUCAACAUGUACAAACUUGA